AUGAGCUAUCCUCCUCAGCCUGAUUAUAGGAACCAAAUCCUCAAUAUGUACGGUGGUGGGACUGGGUUUGGUAUGAUGGCGCGCGGAAGUCGCCGAUUCGAAACCCAAACACCCUCAUUUACUAGUAAGAUGCUGGACCAGUUUCGUUUGGCACACAAGCUCAAUAGUGCCACAAGUGAAGAAAUCCAAUGCGUAUUCGAUGAAAUCGACCCCGACAAUACAUUACAUCUAAUUCAAGAUGUUUUCGGUAAUUAUGUAAUACAGAAGCUACUGGAACAUGGUACCCAGGCCCACAAGGACACUCUUGUUGGUGCCAUGGAAGGCCAUAUCAUCUAUCUAUCAUCCAAUGUCUAUGGCUGCCGCUUGCAAAAAGCUUUUGAAUGUGUAACUCCGGAGCAGCAAGUCAAGUUUGUUCAAGAACUCGAGCCCCAUAUUCUCAGAUGUGCCAAAGACUCGAACGGGAAUCACGUUAUUCAGAAGGUUAUCGAACGAGUUUCCCCUGACAGACUUGGUUUCAUUUCAACAUUCAUCGGCCACGCCCAUGGGCUUGCUUCUCAUCCAUUUGGCUGUCAUGUCUUGCAACAAUGUCUCCGUCACCUUCCUGAACCAUACACCCGGCCACUUCUCGAUGAACUUACAAGUCAUACCGCUAAUCUUAUGCAAGAUCAAUUUGGGUUGGCUUAUUGCGUUGGUUGUAGAACUAUAUCGUCCAGUUCAUUCUGGAAAACGGAUUGCCUUGCGACCGAUCGUCCAUUCUUACUCAGCUUCAGCGGGCGUGUGCUAGCAAUGGCUUGCCACAAGUUUGCCUCCAACGUCUGUGAGAAGGCGAUGAUCUUUGGUGACUCAGAUGGUCGCAAGGCGAUAAUCGAAGAACUGAUGGGACCGGCUUUGCGACCUGAUGGCCUGACACCAAUCGGGUUGCUCAUGAAGGAUCAAUACGGCAAUUAUGUUCUCCAGCGAGCGCUUGCAGUAGCGGAAGGCGAGCAGAAAGAGGCUCUCACCAAUGCUAUUCGUCCCCAACUGGCCACUAUGCGCAAACAUGCUGCUUACAGCAAACAUCUUGCCUCUAGUGCGAUUUUCUUCCACUUCUCAUCCUUCUGA